CGGUGUACUGUGCUGGGUCCUCUCUAUACACAAGUUAAACGCAAGAAAGAAAAGAGGGGAUGGUGGUGAAAUUGGGAAGAGGCUGCCUCAUAAUAGCAGCCUUGUUCAUUGUUUUGCAGGCUAAUUGUGAAGCUCAGAAAAGUGAGUGCAGCCCUUCUUCAUGCGGGAACCUUGUGAACAUUAGCUACCCAUUUUGGUUGAAAGGCCAUGAUCCUCCCCCGGAGUGCAGGGACCCUCGAUACGAGCUCUCCUGUGAGAAUAACCGAACCGUUCUAUAUCUGUAUUCAGGGAAGUACUAUGUAGACUCAAUCUCUUAUCAGAACCGAACCAUGAGAGUGGUUGAUUCCGGCCUCCAGAUUCACAAUUGCUCCUCUCUACCUCUUUAUUCCCUCACAUCUUAUGGUAAUUUCAGUUAUUUAUUGUGGUAUAAUAAAGAUCCUUACUACUACCCGUGGCUUCCGCAGUUGGAAAACUACAUAGUUUUCUUGAGUUGUGAAAGUCCAAUAAUCACAUCAUCAUCAUCAUCAUCAGCUCCACACUUUGAGGAUACCUCUCCGUGCAUUAACGGUUCUUUGGGUUCCCAAUAUUCUUACGUUUUUGUGGGAGAUGAGUUGAAUUAUUCAGAUGUACCGGACUCGUGUACCAUCGGCACAAUGGUUCCAAUUCGAAAGUUGCAAGAGGCCGGUGAUCAUCGUUCUUUCUCUGAGAUACAUUAUGAAAUGGCCAUGGGGUUUGAACUCUCAUGGUUUCGCAUUGAUUGCAGAAGCUGUGACAACAGAUGGGGCGAUUGCCAUCCUGCCCAAGAUCCUUCCAAUCAUAGCUUCAUCAUCACCUGCAAAGGCGGCUGCAUAGGCCUUAAGCACUUCUUUUGGAGGACGAUUUACUACAAUGUAAUGCCGCCCACUCUCUGGAUAGGGACAAUCUUAAUCUUCUUCUGGAUGCUUAGAACUUUGUUGGGAUAUCUAUGUUUCCCUGUAUUCUUGAUCUAUAUGCUGCGACGAAGGCACCUCUCCUUGGAUACUAACAUCGAAGAGUUCCUACAAGAGCAUAACAAUUUAUUUCUAAUUCAGUACUCAUAUUCUGAUAUUAAGAAGAUGACUAAGAAUUUCAAAGACAAACUUGGUCAGGGAGGUUUCGGGUCUGUAUAUAAAGGAAAGCUCCGAAGUGGAAAUCUUGUUGCCAUCAAGAUCUUAGCAACAUCUAAAGGCAAUGGAGAAGACUUUAUCAAUGAAGUUGGUACCAUUGGGAGGAUUCAUCAUGUCAAUGUGGUGCGACUUAUCGGAUUUUGUUUCAAGGGAUCAAAAAGGGCUCUAGUGUACGACUUCAUGCCAAAUGGGUCAUUGGACAAGUACAUCUUCAAUCAAGAACAAAGAGGAAAUAUUUCCUUAUGUAGUUGGGAAAAGAUGUACAAGAUCGCCCUAGGAGUGGCUCACGGGAUUGAAUAUCUCCAUCAAGGUUGUGAUAUGCAAAUUCUACAUUUUGAUAUCAAGCCUCACAAUAUUCUUCUGGAUGACGAUUUUACUCCAAAAAUUUCGGAUUUUGGGCUUGCCAAACUAUAUCCAACAGAUGAUAGUAUUGUUUCUCUCACUGCUGCAAGGGGAACAAUAGGAUACAUAGCUCCAGAACUGUUCUACAAAAGUAUGGGAGGUGUCUCCUAUAAGGCUGAUGUUUAUAGUUUUGGAAUGUUGCUGAUGGAAAUGGCAGGAAGAAGGAAGAAUGUGAAUCCAUAUGCUGACAAUUCGAGUCAAAUUUACUUCCCAUCAUGGAUAUACGACAAACUAAAUCAAGGAGAAGAUAUGGAAAUGGAAGAUACCAGUGAGGAUGACAAAAAAAUAGCAAGAAAGAUGAUCAUAGUAGCAUUGUAUUGCAUACAAAUGAAGCCUGUUGAUCGCCCUUCCAUGAGCAAAGUCAUAGAAAUGCUAGAAUCACCCACUGAGCUUCUACAAAUGCCGCCAAACCCUUUUCUAGCAUCACUUGAAAGGGUGGAAGAAGAUCAUCUAAUUAUGGAGUCAUCACCCAAUUCUGAAUCAUCUAGUUAAUUGUAAUUCACUUUCAUACAAUUCGAUGAUUUAAUCAUCAACUUAAAUGUAAUUAAUCUGCUAUAAAUUAUUAAUUAUGCAGUUGAUAAUUAAGCAAUAGUUUGUCUGCUGUAAUCAAAUAGAAAAUACAAUUUCUUUGAUUAUA